UACACUGUUUCUUAAUUAUUUCUAACUAAGCGGAAGUGCGAAAGGACAGUAUGAAUAUCAAACCCAACACUCACUAUCACAACAACAAAGUGUCCACCCGAAAACCUGUCCUUUAUUCAUUUGAAAUCAUAGCUGCAUAUCAUGUUAGUAGAGUGCGGAACCAGAAUAAUGUGUAAAACGUCAGCAUGCUUGUUUGGGAUAACACACUAGGCGGGUUUGGCUUACGAGUGCGCGUGCGCGUGCGCCUUCGCCCGUGAAGAUGUGCGCGAGAGACGGCGACCUCCUCGCGCUUGCGCCCGUUCUAUUUGUGUUCGCCAUCGUCACUCGGUCCGCCUUCAGUCAGUCGCAAAGCUCAGCCGGCCGCCCGGCGCGUCUCCGCCGCUGUAUCGAAAUACGAGACCGCCGCGUAGGGCCACGGGCGGCCAAUGCGCAAGCCAUGGCUGCCCAGCCGCCACAACGACCACCUCCUAAAAACUUGCUCUUUUGUGGCCCUCCACCAACUCUACCACAUGUAGUUUUAUUGCCAAAUGACGCUGUUCGUGACGUUACUGCCCUCGACAUUACAUCUAACACUGCCCUCGCUCCAACAAAUGACACAGAUGCUUUACAUGAAAUAAACAACGUCGGCGUGCCUACCUAUGAAACAGUGUUUAACAGUGAAAUAAAAGAAGUGCUCGAGACAAAAUGUAAUGACAAUGAAUUUCCAUCAAACAACUAUUAUUUGCGAAGGACACACAGUUUUGAUAUAUCAGACAUCUAUAAACGAAAUGAAAACGACAUUGAACCUAAAUUAUUUCGACAUGGCCGAUCUGAACCAGAUUUAUCUAAGUAUGGAUUAUUUCUAGAAGCUGAAGUAACAAUGGAGUGUGGGCCCCUAAAUCCCGCUCCACUAGUGCUUAACAAUCCAUUUUAUGACGGUUCCUUAGCUUUAGAUCCGUCGCAUAUAAAUCAUAACACCGUACUAUUGCCUGACAAUUAUUUAGCUUUUGAAGAUUCAUUUGUGCCAGCUUGGGACUAUAAACCAGAAUUACUUAUGAAUAGGGAUUAUAAUAGUGAACUUUACUAUGACGGAAUACCCAUAAUACCUCCCAAUGAUCCUUGGUCAACUUACGGAUCUGAACAAACCAAUUUUGACUAUUUUUCGCCACACUUUGAAACUCCUAUCGGUGACCAAGAUGGUAUUCAUUAUCUACCUUUGACUGAUUUAGAAUAUGCAAUACCUCAAUAUAUGAAUUUACCGAUGAUAGAACAAGCAAAAAUUGAAACCUUUACUGACGACAGCUGUCAACCAGAAGAAAAAGCUACAACUGUUACAGAUGUUACUAUCGUUAACGAAGAAAAGAAUGACCAGCCGAAAGCAUCCUUACCAUUAGUGACUGAUGUCGGUGCGAGUAAUAUAGUGAGUGAGGAUGAGAAACUUAGUGCAAUUGACUUUUCUACUAAUAGAGAAUUAUCAAAUCAAAGUGAUGAAUCAUUAAACGCGGAUAUAUCUAAUGAUAUUACUUCAAGUUUGGCAUUUGUACCAAGCAGUAAAAGUUCACCGAAGCGACCUCAUAUUGGUGCCGAUGAUACUAGUGAUGAUACUUCACCUUGUUCUACCGAUUACCAUGAGGCUUCAGCCUUAGACUUAGUACAAAGCCUAGAUGAGUUAUCUUGCUGUGAUAGUACUGAUUUUUCCCAAAGCAGAGAUGAUACUUCACCUGCAUUAGUAGAUUCUCUGGAAAUUGAUAAAGCACGCUGUGAGACAGUCAAAGAUCAAAUGAAAUUACAAUAUGCCGAUGGGAUUUUGAACACUUCUUUGGCAAAAGUACCGUUGAGUCAAUUACCAUCCAUUCCACUUCAAGAUCCGUUACCUCUUAAACUACCCCCAGUGCCAGAUAGUUUACCUCAUGAUAUAAGUUUAAGUGUAAAUACGAAACAGAAAUCGCAGUCGCCGAAAAUUACAAAUGCAUUAGAAAAAAAUUCUAAUUCUACAGAGAAUAAAAUUAAAAUUCAAUCCUCAGAAAUUCCCGUUGUUUGUAAUAAAACUGAACAGAAAAUAGCAUUGUUGCAACAACGUCCACAACCUCCUGACGUACCGCCAUCGUGGUUACCUGCAAAACCAACUGCUAGUCAUGUAACAACGACGCCACAAAUAUUGGUUCAGAAUACGGAAGAUCAUACAACUGAAAUGAGAAGAAGCACGAAACCCCCCCUCCAGGCAUCGCCAAUUGUACCAUCAAGAACAAAUCAACCAACUGCGACGGAACCUCAACCAUCUUGUUCUUUUGUACCACCGCGACUACCGCCCCCGGCGCAGCUCAAACCAGAAAAGCAACCAAAAGAAGUUGAGAGCUCCCGAGCACGCUCCUCCGUCAAGGACGACAAGGACGGACACCUGGUGUACUGGCCCGGAUAUGUCAUGGGAGCGAGAUACAAAAUCAUCGACACACUCGGUGAGGGCACCUUCGGCAAGGUGGUUGAGGUGAAGGAUUUAGAAAUGGAGCACAGAAUGGCUCUGAAGAUAAUCAAAAACGUUGAGAAGUACAGAGAGGCCGCGAAACUAGAGAUAAACGUUUUAGAAAAAUUAGCCGAGGUUGAUCCGGACUGUAAAAAUUUAUGUGUUAAAAUGUUGGACUGGUUCGAAUAUCACGGCCACAUGUGCAUCGCGUUUGAGAUGCUCGGGCAGAGUGUGUUCGACUUCCUGAAAGACAACAACUACCAGCCAUACCCCCUGGAACAGGUGCGGCACAUCUCGUACCAGCUGAUCUACAGUGUACUAUUCCUACACGAGAACAAACUAACACACACAGAUCUCAAGCCGGAGAACAUUUUGUUCGUCGACAGCGACUACGAAGUCGUCAGUGUAUACAGUAGUUCUAAGAAGAGUCACGACCUGCUACGGGUGAAAAGAAGCGAUGUCCGUCUGAUCGAUUUUGGUAGCGCCACAUUUGACCACGAGCAUCACAGCACCAUCGUCUCUACGCGCCACUACCGAGCUCCCGAAGUGAUACUGGAGUUGGGCUGGUCACAACCGUGUGACGUCUGGUCAAUCGGUUGUAUCAUGUUCGAAUUACAUUUAGGCAUCACACUGUUCCAAACACAUGACAAUAGGGAACACCUCGCCAUGAUGGAGAGGAUACUAGGACCUAUACCUUACAGAAUGGCACGUAAAACACGGACGAAAUACUUUUAUCACGGCAAAUUAGACUGGGAUGAGAAAUCGUCAGCCGGCAGAUACGUCAGAGAAAACUGCAAACCACUACUGAGGUACCUACAGAGCAACAGCGACGAACACCGGCAGCUCUUUGACCUGAUCGCGCGGAUGCUGGAAUACGAACCCUCUCAGAGGAUCACGUUGCGGGAAGCGCUCAAGCAUCCCUUCUUCAACAAACUACCCACACACCAGAGGCUCGGCAGUGACCGCGCGCGCUGCGGCGGCGAGGGCUCGGGCUCGCGCUCGCGCUCGCACGAGCGCUCGCACUCGCUCAGCAGGUGACUCCGCCCGCCGCCCGCCGCCCGCCCACCUGCUAACUUGUACAGUUCAGAUAAAGUGAUAAGUGAUAAAUAUUUUGUCGAACAUUAUAAUCUAGGUAAUAUUUUGUUGUGAAUCGGUACUUCUCAAUUUGUAUUUAUAAAUAAUUAUUCAAAAUAAAGACUGUAUCGGUCUGA